CUUCGUCUCCAUUCAUUCUCUCCACCGUCUAAGACAACUCUUCGUGGACUCGUUUCAUUUCGAGGAAGAAGACCAAAUCCACCAACUUCUCUGGCUUUGUUAUACUCUUGAAGGCACAAAAGAAUCUACAAUUUCGUCAAGCUCAAGCUCAUCAUAUUUCUGGAAAACUCUUGUGAGUGGAAACGUGUUUGUAGUUUUUACUCAGAUCUUUGGUCAGUACAACGGAGAAUGAUCACAAAUAUCCUCUGAGAUUUACAUUUACAUCGACCUUGGUUAGAGACUGACUCCAUUGAUGACGACCACUAACUCCUUAUCGGACAGCGAACGCUCUCUCUCUGGCGAGUGUUCUGUUGAUGGAAACUCUUAUGAAAGGGGUAAUGAAGAUGAGUGUUCAAGCCAUGGUAGUCAAGAAGAUGUGGACUCCCCCCUAAAGGAUAAGAAGGUCGAUCGCCAAUAUACCUUAGAGCGCAAGUCCAAGAGCAUGCCCAGUGACAUCCAGAGAGACAUUUAUAUUUUGGGUGAAAAAUCUAAAGACAACGGUGUUGAAAGUGUUCAAUUCCUAUCUGAUCGUGAAGAUGAUGGUGCUGAAAUGGAUGCCCCCCCUAUUUGGGAACCCCCGGAGCCACUAGACCCAGAAGAUGAACUAGAAGAUGCUGCUGAUGGUGAUGACUGUUGUGAUGCCUCUAAAAGGGGAUCAUCUUCUUUAGGGGAAUCUAAAGAUGGCAGUAGUAACCAGAGAAAGUUCAAUGAAGAAAAUAGAAGAGCAAUGCUUGCGGUGGCAAACUCAAAGUUUAACUUCAUUGUGAGUCAGCUUAUUCAGUCGGCUGGGUUUUCAAUGGAAGAAGGUGAAAGUUGGAGUGAGAUAGUUGCUAGGCUAUGCUGGGAGGCUGCUUCACUAUUAAAGCCAGAUAUUGAUGGCAAACCAGUUGAUCCGGCUGAGUACAUCAAAGUGAAAUGCAUAGCAACUGGUUCUUGCAAUGAAAGUGAAGUUUUUAAAGGCCUUGUUUUCAAAAAACAUGCUGCUCUUAAACAAAUGCCUACCAAGUAUGAGCAUCCUAGAAUAAUGUUAGUCGAAGGAGUACUGGGCCAGCCAUUAAGUGGCUUUUCUUCUCUCCAGUCAAUGGAUAAGGACAAAGAUGUUUAUGUGAAGCCUGUUGUUGAUAUCAUAACCGCGUUGAAGCCUGACAUCAUGCUGGUGGAAAAAUCUGUUUCGCGUGAUAUCCAAUUGUCUAUUAAUGAACAAAAGGUCACUCUGGUGCUUGACAUGAAGCUCCACCGUCUACAGCGAAUUUCUCGAUGCAUAGGUUCACCAAUCAUUCCAUUGGAAUCUCUGUCUAGUCAGAAGUUAAAGCACUGUGAUUCCUUUCGCAUUGAGAAAAUUGUGGAGGAGCAUAAUGCUGUGGGCGAAGCUGAGAAGAAGCCAACUAAAACGCUGAUGUUCUUAGAAGGUUGUCCUACCCGCCUUGGCUGCACGAUUUUACUUAAAGGAAGCCACAGUGAAAGGUUGAAAAAGGUCAAAGAAGUAGUACAAGAUUCAUUUAACCUUGCAUAUCAUCUAAUGUUGGAGGCUUCCUUCCUUGCUGAUCGGCAAACAAUGUUCUCAACCAUCUUUCCAAAGGAAGCUACAUCAUGUGUUAUGGAAACAGAAAAAGUUCUACUAUCUCCUUCUCCUGGAAAAUCUUCACUUGAAGCAAUUGAUAUUCCCUUUUCUAAUGGAUUCGAUGAACGAUCUAUUCAGAUAAAUGGGGAAUCAGAUGGUGAGAAAGCUGAAAACUGGGAUUCUGGUGGAGAUCAUGUCUUCUCUCACGAGCCAUAUAAUCCAGUUAUUUUUACUGGGUUUUCCUCUUUAUCCGCCAAGCUAAGUAAAUAUUUUGGCUUAGUUGAAAAUCCGGAAUCAGUUCCAGUUACUGUGGAUACAGAUUCGAUAAGGGAAUCUGCCGAAGAUGCUACAGAAAAGGAUGAAAGACCUUUGUUACUUGACCCUGGGCUCCCGGUAAACACGAAUUCAGAUGAUGGAGAGAGGUCGCCAACUGAGAAUGAUAUUGAGACCACCUUGGAAUCUCAGAGUAUAUUGGUGUUAGUGUCAAAGAGGAAUGCUUUCAAUGGGAUGAUGUGUGACCAAAGUCAUUUUUCGCACAUAAAGUUUUACAAGCACUUUGAUGUUCGCUUGGAUAGAUUCCUGCGAGAUAUGUUCAUUCAGAGAAGCCAGUGCCGAACGUGCGGUGAAACUCCGGAAGCACAUCUUUACUAUUAUGCUCAUCAAAACAAGCAACUAACAAUCCAAAUCAAGCGAAUUUCUGUGCCAAAAUGUUUGCCUGGUGAGGCAAAAGGAAAAAUCUGGAUGUGGAGUCGUUGUGGAAAGUGUAAGACAAAGAAUGGGACCCGGAAAUCUACCAAACGAGUGCUGAUAUCGACUGCUGCUCGUAGCUUGUCAUUUGGAAAAUUCCUGGAGCUCAGCUUUACUCAGCAAACUUUUCUGAAUAGAUUGUGUAGCUGCGGCCACUCUUUGGACAAGGACUUUCUUCACUUCUUUGGGUUAGGCUCCAUGGUUGCUAUGCUCAGUUACUCCCAAGUCACAUCUUACACAGUGUCUCUGCCACCCAUGAUGCUGGAGCCUAGCAUUUUUAUAAAAGUGGGUUGGCUUGAAAAAGAAUUCCAUGGAGUAUUCACUAAAGGUAUAUCCUUGUUCGAGGACGCUACUAGUUUUCUGAAGAGACUAAGAUCACAGUUCACAAAUUCAGAUCUCAGCUACCAGUGUGCACUAAAAUUGUUGUCAAACGUCGACGAGUUACUGAAUCACGAGCGCCGCCUAUUUCAGGAAAACAUCAAGAUGUCUUUUGAGAAUGCUAAAACCAUGGAUGAUGUUUCCCACAAACUGCUCCGCUUAAACCGCAUGAGGUGGGAACUUUUGUUCCAAGCUCUCACCUGGAACUACCGAUUGCAGUCACUGGUUUUAUCUAAUCGUUUGCUACCUUCAAGUGGUGAGAAGAAGAUAAAUGAAGAAGGUGUAGAGACCAAUCUUGAGACUGGAUUGACAAGAUAUGAAAAUAAGGACAAAGUUUCUGAUUCUGGUAGCAAUGAAGGCAUGGACGAACCACUUGUUGAAGACAAGGAAAUUCCAAUUGUGGGUGCAUCUGUUGGGGAGAUGGAAGAAUCUGAAGAUAAUGAAUUGCAAACUCUGUCCAGCCCCGGGCCUGAUACAACCUCUCCCAUCAACGAUCAUUUUGACACUCACUUGGCUGUUAAUAUCCAUUCAGCCAAUGAACAAGAAUUAAUUCCAGAUAGUGGAGAUCCACCGGAUGGGAAGGUUGCUGCCUCUAAUGGGCCACACAUCUUAGGCUGGGAUGAGUGGUUCUGGUUGCCAUUUGAAGAUCUACGAUCAAAGCCUAUUGUCGAUGUGGAGAAGGAAUACUUGUUGAAAUUUGAGUAUGUUAACAAUUUCACCCAAGAUAACCUGCAUGCGGUGAACCAAAUAAUCACUGAGGAAGGUUCUCGUCUGCGGAUCUCUUUGAGGGAUGAAGAUUUUAUCGUGUCAGACUAUGAAGACGAGGUCUCGAGCCUAAUAGCUUGCGCGCUUGCCCAUCUGAGCAAUGCUGAUAACAGAUUGCCUCUUUCAAGGUGCAUUCAUGGAUCACUCGAAGGGUUCCUGGAUAAAGAUCAAGAUUCUAAGCAAACUGUUGACCGUGAGGUUUCUCGUUUCGCGAGUGAGAGUACGAGUCGGUUGGAAAUACCACCUCCAGAGGUCCUUGUUACUUUUGGGUCACUCAAAUCAGUGGGAAAACCCAAAUACUCUAUUGUGUGCCUAUAUGCAGAUGAUUUCCGUGACCUCAGAAAGCGUUGUUGCUCCUCAGAGCUUGACUAUAUUGCUUCGCUUAGCCGUUGUAAGCCGUGGGAUGCCAAGGGCGGGAAGAGCAAAUCAGUGUUCGCUAAGACUUUGGAUGAUAGGUUCAUUGUAAAAGAGAUCAAGAAGACAGAGUACGAAUCAUUUGUGACGUUUGCUCCGGAAUAUUUCAAGUACAUGAAGGACUCGUAUGAUCUAGGCAACCAGACUUGUCUUGCCAAAGUUCUUGGGAUCUAUCAGGUAACUGUAAGGCAGCCAAAGAGCGGUAAAGAGAUAAGGCACGACCUGAUGGUAAUGGAGAAUCUCAGUUUUGGCAGAAAAAUUACUCGCCAAUACGAUCUCAAAGGCGCUCUACACGCUCGGUUUACGGCUACUUCUGCUAAUGGCGCGGAAGAUGUUCUGUUGGAUCAGAACUUCGUCAACGACAUGAACAAAUCCCCUCUUUACGUUAGCAAGACAUCAAAGCAAAAUCUGCAAAGAGCGGUUUACAACGACACAGCCUUCCUGACCAGUAUAAACGUGAUGGACUACUCAUUGCUGGUUGGAGUAGAUGAUGAGAGUCAUGAGCUAGUGUGUGGGAUAAUAGACUACUUGAGGCAAUACACAUGGGACAAGCAGUUAGAGACGUGGGUCAAAUCGUCUUUGGUGGUUCCAAAGAACGUGCAGCCGACAGUGAUCAGCCCUAUUGACUACAAGACGAGGUUCAGGAAAUUCAUGAAGACUCAUUUCUUAUGCGUCCCUGACCAAUGGUGUGUUCAAUCCAAGGAGAGCGACUCUUGAAGGACAAAAACCAAAAAAAAAAAACAUUAAGCUAUUAUUAUUAUUAUUAUUUGAUUAUAAUACUCAAAAUCAAAACUCGUUUUUAUGAUUCUUUCAUUUGAUAUUGUAAAUAGAGACAGGUCCAGUUGUUAUUCACCCUGUUAUUGUGCAGUUUUUAGCAAAGUUUCUGGGGGUGGAUGUUAGUGUUUGGAUUGUCUCUGUUCCCUUUUUCUCCAUUACAUUAAUCCAAAGGGAGUUUCAAGCAUGUGGAAGUCUGUACUAAGAAAACAAGUGUCAGUUGAGAUUUGUAUAAGUAUUGUUUUUGUUA